GUGUCUAUAAAAAUAUCAACUACUGAUCUUCAGUGAAUUUGGAUUCUAGAUGGAUCAUGUCAAAACUGCUGACGGUUCAGAAAUUUUAUGUAACAUUAAUUUACGUUUUUCUUCAAAUCAGGCAGACAUAUUGGUGUCUUUGUUAAAGACUGUAACGAAUGGGAGGAUGAGAAAAGCCACAGAAUGACUGGAAUUACGACGGCCGCUGUACGCCUACAUCGCUUCGGGUCUGCAACUGAAAAUUUCAAGCCCUUGAUUCUUAAUGCACAGAGGGCACAAAAGGGCUCGCUGGAUUGGUAUUACCCAACGUCCACCUCUGACAAAAAAAUCGGUGUACUUCACAGUCUAAUGCCCAUGUCAUUAGCAAUUGGUACACAAAGUAUUAUAGGCUUGUAAUUACAAGUCUGCAAGGGCCCGGGAGCACAGUUAGUAAUUGGGUCCGGGCCGGGCUUAAGCCUAGUUCAAAUGACGGCAAUCAAAUAUGACCCAGAAUAUAAAAUGUCACGGAUUUCCGAUUACUUUUGUGCAUAAUCGUGCAACGGCGCAUGCAGCGCCACUAUUAAAAAAAUUGUAGUGAGGAUGAUCGAACAUAACUUAUUUUAUAGAUAAUGAUCUCUCACAGGGAUUAAUCUCAGAAUUUGUUGUUUGUAAAUCCUAACUAAAUAUACAUUUCAUUCUGAUAUAUUUAUCUGCAUAGCGUAGUACGGUAUGGUGCUUAAUGUUUCUACGUGAAAGACAAUAUGCUCUGUACGUACAAUGGUUCUACCAUACGCUGUCUAUGGUUAUAGCAUUUGUGUUCUCCUGCAACAUAAAUGUAAAGUGAAUAGUCAGAAUACAGACUACAAAGUGGUUACAUACGAUCUUUUUUGGGGGGGCAAAGCGAAUAAUGCAGGAUCGUCACACAUAACCUCUCUAAUUGUGUUACGAAGUGACCAUUUGGCGUCUCUGUUGACAUGAAUUCCAAUUAAAAAGUUAUAUCAGUUCGAGACUUAGAUAUCAAUAAGACCUUGUACUGAUAUACGAAAUAAUUACUUGGCCUAUAGAAACUUGCAUCUUUAGUGUGCAUUACAAAUUUACAGUGUUCAGGAAAAUAAAAUAUGCAGUUGAUUUCAUACUUGAUAAGGUCUAAAAGGUCUCUACAAAACAUCAGAGAAAGUUUAUAGCAUGGGAGUUUGGCUUGCUUCAGUUUUCUGUAUAGCACCCUCAGAAUCAAAUUACGUACAUUAAGGAAUAAUGUAUGUAAAUUAUAUUAGAAGACUGUGGGUCAUGAUUUAAAGAGAAAGAAUAUCCAAUAUCAUGAUCACAUAAGCAGUCUUCUCAGUGAAGAUGCAAUGCAAGAUUAGUAAUCUAUACUGCUGUAAGAAUUUAGUAACAGUAGUGGUGACUCAUGCAUGCAAUGUGCAUCAGUAAGUUAUGUAAGAAAGCUUUACCAAAUGUAUUGUGGCAUGUUUCUAAUUACUAGAUGUGCUUCAAUAAUUGUAAAAGAAACAUAGGACUUCUUUUUUUGUCACAUACGAAGUGCUGACAAUGUCAAGCAUUUCGAGCAGUCACUUAACACACUGCAAAAGAAAAUGAAGAGAAGACAGACUGAAACAAAGCAGACUAAAAGAAAAUGCAUGGAACCAGAUAUAAACUGCUUCUUAUGUGCAAGAGUAGGAAAUGAAGUGGAUUUCAUACCUAUAUUUAGCACAAAAGGCAAGACUGAACAAUUGUAUCAGAAGAUAAUGAUAUACACACCUUUCAAGGUAGAUGAAAAUGAUAAUUUGCAGCAGUGUGUAUGCAGCACGUGUACUUAUGAGAUAAGUCACUGGCAUAAUUUCAUCCAAACCUGUAUUGAAGCACAAAAUAAGAUUCAUGUUAUAUCUAAUGUUGAUUGCUUUCAGAGAAACACAAAACAUAGGAUAGCAGAUGUAUCCUGUAACAAUGCCAGUUUUGAAUCUGCAUCUCGAGAAGGGAGGCAAAAGCCAUGCAUCAUAAAAGAUGAAUUGAUUGUACCUGACAAAACUGUGACAACUACAUCUGACUGCCAGAAUGUUGAGUGUUUUUCAAAUGCAGAAAUUUUCAUCCGAAAAAGAUCAAAAUCCUCAGCCUUAUCAGUUGCAAAAACAUGUCUGAAUAACAGUAAUAAAAGCAGUUUCAUUAAGAAGUCUUCGAAUGCAUCUUCACCAGUAGAUCAUAUUUGCAAUGAGUCAAAAGGUAGCGGUCGUACAUACUGCAUUGCUCGAUGGUGUGGUAAUAAUGCAAAGAAAUCUCCUGGUAUUUCCUUAUUUAGAAUUCCAAAAGAUCCAAACAGGGCCCUCUUGUGGUUAACUAAUGCUGAGCGAGAAGAUCUGAAAAUGCUGAGCACGGACGUCCUCCAUACAAAAUAUCUGUGUAUGGAACAUUUUAAUGAUGAUAUGUUCAUGAAUAGUAGUAAGAAGAAACUGGUUUGGAAUGCCUUGCCAACAUGUUUUCCAAAACCUAAUUAUGCACACACAAAAGAAUCUAAAACCAAUUCACAGCAUCAACAGAAAAAGUCCAAAACAGCUAGGAAAAUAAUUUCAGAGGUGCAUCAACCCACAAGAAGACGACCACUCAAACCUAAGCCUGCAACUGUGGAACUCAGUGCAGAGGCAGGAUUGAAGAGUCACCCAGGCAUUUGUAAUGCUGAAGAAAUUAAAAGUUUAUCAGGGGCAGAUUCUUCAGCAAACAGUUCACCACGCAUAAAAAAGGAGGACUCACCACUGACUGAAAUACAGACAUGUCCUUUGAAGACAAUGAGAAAUGAUACAAAUCCACUACCAAAGUGUCAGAUCACUUCACAGUUAUCAUUGCAGGCUAGCAGAAUGUUAGACGUACCAAAUACAAAUAAGUUCACAACUAAAUUGCAAGAAACAGCAGCUCACUCAAGGACGUCAAAUAUCAUUCUAUGCAAUAACUCAAAUGAAACUGUAGAUAUAAAACAAGAUAAAAUACAAAAUGUAACAAACACCUGUGAAUAUUUAUCUCUUGGAAAUACAGAUUCUGUUCAUCAUAAAGAUUAUCAUAGUGAUUCAUCAACAGUGGGAGACAACAAAAGAAAUGAAAAUUAUACCUCAAUAAGUGAUGAAUCAUAUCUAAAUUGUGACGUUGAAAGUUUGUGUUUGGAACACGCAUUUCGAGAAACUAACGAAAGGAUAUAUCCAUGCCGGUACUGUGGCGAGAUGUUUCUGGUAAAAAGUAAUCUCAUUUUACAUCAGACAACUUACCAUUCAGAUCAUCCUGUUGGAUGUGAACUAUGCGGGAAAGUGCUUUAUAAAUCUCGAAGUGAGUUUAUGGAGCAUGUCUGUGAUCACCAUGGUGACAGCUUACAAAAAUAAACCUUUCAAUGCUAACCUAAAGUUUCUGUUACUUACGACAGAUUGGUGACUUAAUAUAUCAUGUAAGCGGUGAAAGGGCUACGAUUUCAUUAGAAACUGUUGCUUUGUGAAACAAUGAAGGAACCCUGCAGAGAUCUGACAGUAAACACUCAGAUCAAUGAUGGUCAAAUAGGAACCCAUCAGCUCAGUUAUGAUAUAGUACAACUUUGUAGGUAUAUUUUUAGAGAAUUCAAGAACCUAUACACAGGAAAUAAAAUACUUCCACUAAAUUUAAACUAUGUAACUAGGAGAGCAGCCCAUUAAAAGCAAUUGGAAAUUCUUAUUAUUAAUACUAGUCUGAUAUUUUUUACAUUUCAGAAAAAAAAGCACUGUGUACAGUAAAAAUAUGAAUGACUCAGAAUGAACUGAUUUAGAAGAAAGAGUGAAGUUUAUAACGUUGUUGUAAUAAAUGGUUGAUGAUGACCA